AUGGCUUCCCCGAAAUUGUUAGGCUCAGUAGUAUUCGUUCGACUGGAUACAGAUUUACAACUCAUCUAUAAUAUAACAACUACACCUGAUGAUGGAACUGAUAACUAUAAUAAGAUAUUAUCAAUUAACUACGAUGACAAUAAUCUGGUAACAUGUGGAAGUGAUCAUGGAUAUUGUCAGAUUAGAAACUUGACUGACUUGUCUGUACUGGGUGAUAGUGCUACAUAUGUUGCAGCACCUACUGUGGAAGACUCUACUGUAGGAUUUGUAGCACCUGGUUAUGAUGAUAAACCUAUGUUGUAUGUUGGUACAUCAAAACGAGGAUUUACUUAUGGAGAUGAAAUUGUGAGUGGACGACAACUUGAAGGAAGCAUUUUCCGUACAGUAUAUUAUUCUGUUGUACAAACUAGUGUAGAUCUAAACAUAUACUACCAAGGACCAGACAAUGUGAUCUAUAUAACAGGUUUCAGCUAUGGUGGAUUUAGUUACUUUCUUACCGUACAACGUUUGGGUAGAUCCGAUGAUUCGUACAUAUCUAGGAUUGUACGUGUAUGUCAAGCGAGAAAUAACAACUACUACGACUCUUACACAGAAGUAACAUUACAGUGUAAUGGCCCUGAUGGUACGUCAUACAAUUUACUACAAGCAGCCCAUGUUAUGAGACCAGCAUCAUAUCUAUCUACGUCACUAUCAUUGGAAGACGGGGAACACGUUCUAUUUGCUGUGUUUACUAAAGGAGAAACACCACAAAAUUUAACACCAUUACAACAAUCUGCAGUGUGUAUGUAUAAAAUGACAGACAUUGAACAAACCUUCCGUAAUGCUAUAUCUGGCUGUGUUAAUCAGGGUGGUGUUGAUUAUGAAUUAGAUUAUAUAAGUGGGGCGGCAUGUCCCGGCAUUGGGGGCUAUACAGAGGGAUGUUCAACUGGUGGUCUGUAUAGAUUUCUAAAUGGAAUAGAUCCCUUAUCCAUAUAUGCUAGUCUUGAAUAUCCCAGUACACUACUUACGUCUAUUGGUGUAACCACUGUACAAGAACACACUGUUGGGUUUAUAGGAACACAAGAUGGACACAUACUAAAGAUUCAUUUCAAACAAAGUCCAUCUGCCGUAGAGUAUUACAUUCACUACCUGUACUCGUCAACUAUUCUGUCUGAUAUAGCGUUUGACAAUAAUUUCCAACAUGUCUAUGUUCUUACCCAACAUAGACUUUACAAAGUCAAGGUACAAGACUGUAAUAAGUAUACGUCAUGCAGUGAAUGUUUUAGUGCUAUGGAUCCUUACUGUGGUUGGUGUACACUGGAAAAAAGAUGUUCUCUUUAUGGAGAUUGCCCAUUGUCACAAAAAACAUCAAGAUGGUUAGAUGUGUUUUCUGAUGAUAUGUGUGUUAAUAUCACAUCAAUAGAACCAACGAAUAGUAUUGCUAUUACUCUCCAGAAUCAGAUCACUCUCAGUGUUAUUGAAUUACCCGAUGAACGUAAUAUAACCCCAGCUUAUCAUUGUAUGUUUGGAAUGGUAUUUAUAACACCUGCUGUUCAAUUCGGAAAUGUCUUGACUUGUGAUACACCGCCUAUCGACAUUAGACCCGAUAUACCAAAUGGACAAGAUUCCGUGGCAGUACAACUUUCUGUAAAAAGUAUGGAAACAACUAUAGAGUUUGUACAUACUGAAUUCUAUUUUUUCGAUUGCUCUGCCCACAACUCAUGUACAGAGUGUGCUGGCAGUAACUGGGCAUGUGAUUGGUGUAUAUAUGAAAACAAAUGUACACAUGAAAGUAGUGCAUGUGUUGAAGAUGACAGUUCUACAACUGUUGUAGGAGAAAAUUACCACUAUAAUGCUGAUACCAAGGAGUUGAACGCGAGUUUAAUUGUACAAUGGAAUGAUAAUUAUAUCAUUGAUGAUAUAUAUAGAUACACAGUAACAUUGUAUGAUUGUAGAGUUGAUCGUCUUGACUGCAGUGAAUGCUUAUCUACUGUAACAAGUAGAGAAGAACUACAAUGUGGAUGGUGUGUUAGUGAUAAUUCCUGUCAGAUUGAACAACAUUGUGAUUAUGACUGGUUGCCACAAGAUACAACUUACAACUGUGGUGACCCUGUUAUCUAUGAGAUAUGGCCGUCUUCUGGUUCAUUUGAAGGUGGGACUGACAUUGUCAUUAGUGGUAGCAAUUUGGGAAAGACGUACUCUCACAUUGACAGUGUCCACAUCGGAGGUCGUAACUGCAUACUGGUUGAAGAAAGAUACACUGGAGAGAAGCUCAAUCUUGCCAGUACGAGAUAUGAAGUGACCGUAUACAUUGGAAUUGAGAUAUGUAAUGUAACAAGUAUUGGUAAUACUAUACUAUACUGCAUACCUCCGGAAUCACAACCCAGAGGCGUGGAUAUUAAUGGCACCGCAACUAUUAACAAUUUACCUAAAGUGAUGGUGGUUGUUGGAAACCUUGAAUUCUUCAUUGGAUAUUUGUCUUAUAUGGACCAGACGUCUAGUCCUAAUAUCAUUUUUAUUGUAGUCAGUCUAACUAUUGUGGCAUUUUUAUUAUUGAUUGUAAUCGUAGUAGUUAUUGUCAUAUAUCAGCGUAAACAUAUUAAUAGUGUGAGAAAGAUCAAUGACUUACGAAGAAAUGUUCUGAACAUGGACAUUAAACUCAGUGAUAUUAAGGAUGAAAACACGACAGAUUCACGUGGUUCAACUGCUGAGGAAGAACUACAAACACCUGUUGCUGUGAGACCGAAUGAAGAAGUUGCUAAUACGUGUAUAACAAGUGACUAUCAAACAUUACAACCCCAAGUUACCAGUGAAUAUGAAGCACUACGAACCACUCUUAUUUCACGUGAAUAUCAAUCAUUAGAGCCCUGUGUUGCCAGUCAGUAUCAAUCACUAAACAAACCUGCAGUUACCAAGCAACAGGGAACACGUAAUUAUGAAGAGAUUGGUCGCUCUACUCCAGACACACAACCAAUGGAAUCGAAAUAA